AUCUGAGGAGGAUUCUGUCAGUAUCACCAAGGAAGAGUUACAGUUGCCUAAACAUGGACCUCACACAGAGUCGGAUGAUUUUAUCACAGAUCUCGUUGACCGUGGGGAUUCAUCUGACAGUGAUAAUAGCGAACAGAAUCACGAUUUCCAGAUCCAACCAAGACCAAAAAAAAAGAGAUCAGCGUGUGAGACAGUGACAACACAUAGUCCAGGACAGUCACAUUACAUGCAUUCAACACCAACAGAAAUUAAAACAACUGUCACGGGACAGUGGCAGGGCACUGACUCAAGUGAUCAUGGUAAUGAGAAUGCUUGGAAUCAACUUCAGCUUUGCAGCGAUUUAUAUGACCACAGCUCAGGAGUUAUUGAUCUGACCAGUGCAGUCCCUAAAGAAUCCCCCCAGCUAGAGUCAGCUCACACCCAUCAUGAGGCCUCUGAAUUUGAUCCAGGUAUAGAUGAGGCUGAUACAGUUGUAUGGAAUCCCGAAGAGGACCUUGUCAGAGCCGAUGCUGAUGAGGCAGUCGUGAUAAUGCUGAAUUGUGUCAACAGUGACGAUCUAAUACAGGACAAUGGACUGAAUUUCACAGCACAAGAUUUGCCCUUGGUUUCUAGCAGCCAACUUUCCCCAUCAAAUUCAGCUGGCAACCCAGGAAAUCCAGAGAGCCCCCGACGUAUAUCUGUUCGCAGGGUAAAUGUUGUUGAAGAUCUUUUGGCUAUAUUUAUGGACAGCAGCAUAAUUACUGUGACUUUAAAGAUGGACUUUGUAAAUGAAAAAGCUGUUGAUGAUGCUGGGGUGUCAAGGGAGGUUUACACUGCCUUUUGGGAGCAAUUUUUGGAACAGUGUGAAGGUGAAACAGAACGAGUUCCAAGGCUGAGGCCAGACUUUGGUGAGGCAGAGUGGAAAGCAGUUGGACACAUUUGGGUGAAAGGAUUGCUGGAUUAUGGUGUCAUUCCGGUGAGACUAUCAAAGGCUUUCAUUUUAGCAUGCAUUCAUGGAAUCGACUCAGUUGAUGCAGACAUCCUGAUGUCAUCGUUUUUAAACUACCUCCCUCCUGUUGAGAGAUCAGCUGUUGAGAAGGCUCUCAAUGGCACAAUGGAUGAAAGUGAUGAAGAGGACCUGCUUGACCUUUUUACAAGGAUGGGUUCCCACUCCCUACCUCCUCAGAACAACAUGCAGCCUGCCAUUGAGGCAAUGGCUCAUAAGGCGAUUCUCCAAGAGCCAAAAUAUGUAGUUGAUUGCUUCUCCACAGCCAUGGCAUGUGUACAACUGAAACUGUCAAACAGGGAAAGUGUGGUGUCUCUGUAUGAGACAAAGAAGGCCACAGGCAAAAGAGUAUCACAACUAUUUCAAACAACAAAGGUGAUGCUGUCUCAAAUAGAACAAACAACCUUUAACCAUCUUCAGCGAUAUGUCAAAAAUGCUGAUGAAAGCAAAGCUGAGAAAAUCCUGCGUUUCUGCACAGGGUCUUCUGUCAUCUGUGUUGACAAAAUUCUGGUGUGCUUCAAUGCUGAAACAGGGCUGAACAGAAGGCCUGUUGCUCAUACCUGUGGAGCUACUCUUGAAGUACCGUGCACUUACACUUGCUAUCCUGAUUUUCGCACGGAGUUUGACAACAUCCUUUCCAGCAAUUACUUGGAAAUGGACAUCAUUUGAACUUGCUGGAAGUCUUUUUUCUGGAUUAAUAAUUACAGCUGUAAUUGAUUACAAAUAUGUUUACCCUUGAUUUCACUGUUUUCUAUUUAAAUUUGUUAUUGAAAUGUUGAAUGCAUUCUGCCAUAUAAUGAUCAGUCAUCGGUUUCAUUUUCAGAUCGUGUAAUGUUAUGUUCUGUUGCAUUUCAUAAGGAUUUUCUUUAAUUUCUAAUAUGCUCGUACAUUGAUUGUAGGUUUCACUACUGCUGACACCAUGUUUGAGGCUGGUGUCAAAGUUCGGCUCACAUGAAAACCACCUAUACUUAUUUUGCUGUGUCUAGCUGUUUAUAGGAACUGUUGAAGAAUCCAGGCAAGAAGAAAGAGAUAUACACUUGAUUUCAUGGUGAAAGGUCCAUGUACUUUUAGUUUUUUGUUGAGUAAAAAAGAUUUAAAGUUAAUGAUGAUUUUCAGUCAUUUGUGUUUGUUGUCUGUACAG